CUUCUUCCCAACAAUGGCGGAACCUGCUGUAGACAGUUUCUACAAUUCUAGCUUCGAGCUUGGGAACUCGAUCUCCGAUCUCGACGUUGACUUCGAGUUGACUUUCGAAGACCUCUACUUUCCUUCCGAGGGCGAGUCCUUCUUCAUCCCUGUUGAGGUGGAGGAGAAAGCUACUACUACGUGUAAGACGUCCAUGACGAAGAGGAAGAACGAGAUUGAAGAAGAUACAUCGAGGAGCUAUAAGUACAGAAGAAUGGAUGAAGAAGAUGAUGAGAAGAAGGAAGCGAGGCUGGUUAGAAACCGUGAAAGUGCUCUGCUUUCGAGACAGAGGAGGAAGCACUACGUAGAGGAGCUUGAAGACAAAGUCAAGAACUUGCAAUCCGUUAUAACGGAUUUGAACAGUAAAGUCUCUUACUUUGCGUCUGAGAACGCUACUCUGAGGCAUAAGGUGGGUCCCGGAAAGGGCAUGUGCUGGCCACCGUGUGGAAUGUAUCUAGGUUCUGGUCAAGUAGUGCCUUUGCUUCCUAUUCCUCGGUUGAAACCACAACGAUCCGUGGCCAAGGUGAAGAAGACCAAGAAGGUUGCUAGUGUUAGUGUUCUUGGUCUUCUGUUUUGUUUAUUUUUGUUUUCUGCAUUGGCUCCUAUUAUUGUGAACGUUAGCUACGGAGGAAGAGUUUUAGAUGUGUCAGUUAAUAAUAGUAGUGAGCUACUAGUGGCAUCACUAUUUGUUCCGAGGAAUGAGAAGCUUGUGAAGCUCGAUGGAAACUUGAUUAUUCAUUCUAUUUCGGCGAGCGAGAAAGACACGGCUUCUGAAACGAAGCCUGCACGGCGUUCAUCUGACUCUACAAACAUUAGGGAUAUGUCUAAGCACCUUAAUACCGAAAAGCAGAAAGCUUUUCCAUCUUCUUGCUCUGAUGAUUCGAAGGAGAAACUCAACUCAACAACAUCCAACGGUGAAAUGCAGCAAUGGUUUCGUGAAGGUGUUGCAGGUCCAAUGUUCAGUUCAGGGAUGUGCACCGAAGUGUUUCGGUUUGAUGUCUCCUCAACCUCUGGAGCCAUUAGACCUGCUUCUCAACAGCCUAAGAACACCACCGAUACACACAAGGGAAAGAAUAACAGAAGAAUCCUCCGUGGUGGUCAUCCAUUAUCUGAUUCUAACCUAACCAAAGAUCAAAACAACUCUAGCAAAGACAACUUCAGCACAACCAAGCCAUUCCCAUCAAUGGUUGUAUCUGUGCUUACUGAUCCCAGAGAAGAAGGCAGUGACGAAGACAUCAAUGGUGUAACUGGCGAUACAAAAUCACUGUCUCGUUUAUUCAUAGUCGUUCUUGUUGACAGUGUCAAGUAUGUAACCUACUCCUGCGUCCUUCCACGACCAGAAGAAGUCCCUCAUCUUGUAACCACUUGACUUUCUCUGUAUAUAAAAAACC